UCUCCCAAACGGACAGGCCAGCACGCACCUCUCCUCCUCUUCCAGAGUCAAGCUCGCCGGAAGGGAGGCCGGAGAUGCUGCUGCACAGGCCCAAGUUGCCCCUCCUCUGCUGCGGGUGCGGCACCGGCGGCGUCGCCACCCGAGGGGCCGCAACCGACGAGGACCAGCAGCAGCCCGGCAAGGUCGGCGGCGCGAGGCAGCUGUCGUGGGCGCAGGUGGAGGCCAUGACGGCGGGCUUCACGUCGGCCGUGGUCGGCGAGGGCGGCUUCAGCACAGUCUACCUCGCGCGCCUCGCCGGCUCCUCCCAGCUCGCCGCCGUCAAGGUGCACCGCAGCAGCGAGCGCCUCCGCCGCGCCUUCCGCCAGGAGCUGGACGCGCUGCUCCGCGUCCGCCACCCGCACAUCGUCCGCCUCCUCGCCUUCUGCGACCAGCGCGACGAGGGCGUGCUCGUCCUCGAGUUCGCGCCCAACGGCAGCCUCCACGACCACCUCCACGCCAGCAAGGCCUCUGUUUGUCCUCCUCUUCCGUGGGCGCGGCGCGCGGCCGUGGCGCUGCAGGUGGCCCGCGCCCUCGAGUACCUCCACGACCGGUGCGAGCCGCAGGUGGUGCACGGCGACGUCAAGGCCUCCAACGUGCUGCUCGACGCGGCCAUGGGCGCCAGGCUCUGCGACUUCGGCUCGGCCCGCGCCGGGUUCUCGGGCUCGGCGGCCGUGGCGGUCCGCCCGCCGCGCGCCGUGCUCGGGUCCCCUGGGUACGUGGACCCGCACUACCUCCGCUCCGGCGUGCUCACCAAGAAGAGCGACGUGUACAGCCUCGGCGUGCUGCUCCUCGAGCUGCUCACCGGCACGCAGCCGUUCAGCGACGGCCGGCUCCUCACGUCCGCGGUCGCGCCCAUGAUGAAGGCCGGCUCGUGCUCCUGCGACGACGACGUGCGUAAGCUCGUCGACCAGAGGCUAGGGUGUCGGUACGAUGUCUCCCAGGCGGCGACCAUGGCAACGCUGGCGGCGGCGUGCGUCGCGGACAACCCGGCACUCCGGCCGUCCAUGGCCGACGUGGUCCGGACCCUGGAGCAGAUCUCGGCCGCCGGGAGACGAUCGGACGGCGUAACCAAGCCGUGAGGAAGAUAGAGCCGAUCGAUGCGUCGACCCGACGUGGCGAGCGUCGUGACCGUAGGAUGGAUUGAAUCCGGCACCCACCCGCAAAGCAAAGCAAUUGGGUUGGUGAGGAGAAAGCAAAUAAAAAUGGUUGGUUUCGACAGAGACUUGCCUUGAGCAAAAUUAUCAGGCUCUCAUAGUCAUAGGAUUACAAAUUUCUGUGCAGCUUUCUCUUUUUGUUUCUUUUAAUUAAUCUCUCAGAGGUGAUGAUGAGAUCUUGUACCUUUUAAUCCAAAAAAUGAGAUCUUGUACCUAAUGUCCUAGUGGCCAGUGGGAUCAUUUUUAAUAAAACAUUCGUUCCAUGAAAA